AAUAUUGAUAUUUUUAGUGAGUGAGUCUUGAGUUGAGUUCACAGAAUUCUGUGGUUGAGUUUGAGUUCUCGAGUCUUCAGUGAGUUAGUUGAUGAGCUGGUCGUGCAUAGACUGGCCCAGCCUAGUGCAUGGGAGUUUUUUCGACGUGUCAUGUAACUGUUCCUUUUAAGACUUAGAUCUAGAUUCUAGAUCUAUAUAAUCUAGAUAGCUCUUUAACUUUAAUGUAAACGCGUUGUUAUUGUUGUAGCCUAGAUUGCAUCUGAUCUCUCGUCUUGAACCCAGUCUCUUCCUUCCUUCAUUCGUGAUUUUCAACUGAAUCGGUCGCAAUGAACAUUUUGCCACACAAAAGUUGGCAUGUGCGCACAAAGAAAAACAUCGAAAGAGUGCGGCGCGAUGAAGAGAAAGCUGCGGAGGAAGAGAAAGAGCGGCAAAGAAGAAUAGCCCUCGCUGAGCAAGAGGCUCGCACUGAUCUGCUGAGAGCGCGAGCUCAUGGGAGAGCCCUGAAGGGAAAUGAUUCGUCUCUACCCCCUCCCCCUGUGGAGUCUGGCACGGCAGAAGAAACGUCGGCCCAGCCAGGAGCCUUGGAUGUUUUUGCACCGCGGUCUUCGGGACGGGACGUAGCUGUGCAAACAAGGGAAGAACAAAGAGCAUGAGGCGGAGAAGAAGAAGGAACAGGAGGCGUUGGAGAAGAAAAUAGGUCUCCUCACUUACCUGGGACAGACGGCACUGGAUGAGAAGGAAGCACCUCCGUGGUACAUGAAAAAGUCUCACAAGAAGAAGAAAAAAAGGAAAAGCGAAUCGGAGUCUGAGGAAGAAGAGGAAGACAAGGAAAAGAAGCUGAAGCUGGCCUUGGAAGAGCAUCGGCGGCGGUCGCUGGACCCGCUGCUGGAGAUGAGAGAGAUUAUGAGCAAGAGCAAGAAAAAACACAAGAAACACAAGACCAAGGAGAGAGGCAAAGAUCACAGAAGCCGCUCCUUCCCCUCCAAGUCCAGCAGUUCGAAACGGUCGUCAUCACCGGUUAGAACAGGAGCCUCCCAGGUUGCGUCAUCAUCGUCGUCGUCGUCGUCCAAGAAAACUAUCGAGCAGCUGAGGGCAGAGCGGAUGGCCAGAGAGAGGCAGGAGAAGGCUCGCGCCCAGGUUCUGGUAAAUAAGCACAAAGACGGGGGAGAUAAAGGCUCGAAGGAGAAGGAAGAAUCUUCGAGCGACAGUGAAGACGAGAGGGAGAAAGGACAGUCGGGGAAAAGGAGGUACAAUUCUCAGUACAAUCCUGAGUUUAUUUCAUCACAGCCAAGAAAAAGGCGGAGAAAUGCUUUGCACUGAAUUGUUUACGAAAAUGGGCUGUUUUCAGUAGAACUUAAAGAUUUUUCUAUUUUGGGGGGGAGGGGGGGUUAUAAUGACACCCUUUUAUAUAUAUACUUCAUUUGCACGCGCACACUCACACUCACACACACACACGUUAUAUUCAGUAGUGCAGGGUAUCAAAAUAAGCAUGACAAACAAGCGAAAUAAAAAUAUACAAUAUUCAAAAACGUGUUACACUGUUUAAAAACGAAACCAUGUCUACAUUGGCUGGCUGCAAAGAUCCCCUUCUAGCCGAGAUGAGCUCACCCGCUUUCGAAAAGAGCCUCUCGCUGGGGACUGACAUGCCUGGAAUCGCAAGAAUGUCUUUAGCGAUGCGAUUGAGCCUUGGUUUCGAAAUCGCGUUCUCUCUGCACCAAGUCAGGGGGUUGGAGUCCCGUGGCAUUGUGUCACCUUCCAAGUAGCCGUGGAUUUCCAUCUCUACUUCUGCAACUCUGGGCACAGCAGCCUGUUUGCCUUUCACCCGUUGGUCAAACUGUGUCCAGAGCUUCGACACUUUCUUAGCAGGUGGUGGAGCUGUUGCUUCUUCCUCGCUUGCUGUUGUUUGAAAUGUUUGUCCUGGUGGCUGUGGCAGCGCAAUGGGCAUGGCGGUGUCCAUUAGUUUGUCCACAGCAGAGUUGGAUGAUGCUGUUGUCCUUUAGUUUAUCCACAGCAGUUGGAUGAUGCUGUUGUCCUUUAGUUAGUCCACAGCAGAGUUGGAUGAUGCUGUUGUCCUUUAGUUUAUCCACAGCAGUUGGAUGAUGCUGUUGUCCUUUAGUUAGUCCACAGCAGAGUUGGAUGAUGCUGUUGUCUUUUAGUUAGUCCACAGCACAGUUAGAUGAUGCUGUUGUCCUUUAGUUAGUUCACAGCAGAGUAAGAUGGUGCUGUUGUCCUUUAGUUAGUCCACAUCAGAGUUAGAUGAUGCUGUUGUUGGGAAACCGUCCCGCUAGAACGUGGGGUCAAACAAUCAGGGUGUCCAGCAAAGUCAAAAAAUCGUAAAUUCGGCGCCCUGGUCGUAAAUGGUAGUAAAUUUGCCUUGAAGGUAGUAAAAAUUUGGUAAACGGUCGUAAAUUAGCCUGCAUACUGAGUGAUGA